CUACGUCUGAGAAAGGACUUGCAAGCCCUGGAAAAGCUGCAAGAGGAGAAAGAUCUCUCCAUUCAGAAGAUGAGAAGGGAGCUGCAUGAUUGCCGCCAGAGGAUGGAUCUCAUCACCAAGCAGCAGGCCAGUGUGUCCGAAAGCUUGGAUGUAGAGAAAGAGGCCAACAACAUUGCUGCUGUGGGCCGCCUCCAGGCUGUGUCCGGACGCCUGUGGGCUGAGCUGGAGAAGGAAGAGGAGCAGAAGACCCAGAUCAUGGCCAUGCUGAGGCAGAGCGAGGCUGACAUGUGGCACAUUGAGAUCCAGAAGGUGCAGUUUGAGGACAUCCAGAAGUUGGCUCAAGAGAAGGCCAUGGCUGCCAGCAGGUGCCUCCAGGCCAAGGCCACCAAGCAGCUGCGACAGGAGGAGAUGGCCAUGGCCAGGAGGGCAAGGGUUAAGUUGCUGAGGACCAGGCAAUCCAUGAACUGGCAGAAGGAACAGGGACUCCGGCAUCAGAAGCUGCUGGAGGAUGCACAGAGGAACCAUGUGGUGGCUGUGAAGUUCCUGAAGGCCUCGCUGGGCAGGAUUCGAAAGCAAGAGAGGGAGGAGAAACUGGAGUGGCAGGAACACCUGCAGAAGCGCAUGGAUGCUGUGCUGGCCCUGAAGAACAGCAUCAUUGCAAACAGGGAAUUGCUCCGCAAGGUUCAGGCCUGGGACCAUGCCAAGGCCAACGCCAUUCAGCAGAAGGUCCAAGCCGAGGAGAAGGAUAUUUUGGCCCAAGGUGGAGAUGCCUUCAAGCACCUCAUACAUCAGCGCAAGAACCAGGAGCUGGAGGCCCAGAUAAAGGCCUUUGAGGAAGAGCAGAAGCUCAGGAAGUUGGAAAUUGUGAGUCGGAUUUUGAAGGAGGGGAGCAAGGACAAGAAGAGGAAGCAGCAGCAGCCCAAGCUUGUCCACAUUAUGCGGCGCCACACUCUGAGAGACAAGACGUGGGAUUAUAUUUCUGACUUCACCACAGCAGAUGACACGGCUGCCGGCCCCUUCGAAAAGGAGUUUAACAUUCCUGUGGCCUCUCAACCCUCUCAUUUAAUGAAAGCUGUCUCCAGUGAGUUUGAGUCUGACCUAUGGGCUGUGAACACAGAGGAGGAAACACUGGCAGAACCAGAAAUCCCUGGGCUUUGGACUGAAGAUUAUAAACUCUACCAGGUGCCCAACGAGGACAUGGACCGGAAGCCUGUGGGUGGCACUAAGAUGGAAAAGGACAUCUUGGCCCGCACCCUGAGGCAGUUGCGCAGUGGACUGGUCCACAAGCAGGUGGUGUCUGGGCGAGAGUUCAAAGGUCGCCCCUUCAACAGCAAGCCCGAGAUCAUUCACUUCAAGGACUUUGACAUUGGCAAAGUGUACAAGAAAAAGAUCACACUGAUCAACGCCACCUACACCAUCAACUACUGCAGACUGGAGGGCGUGGAGGAGCACCUGAAGGACUUCAUCAGCGUCCACUUUGAGCCUCCUGGUCCCAUGUCUGCUGGGAUGUCCUGUGAAGUGCUUGUCACCUUCAAGCCCCUGAUCAACAAAGAUAUGGAAGGGAGUGUCUCGUUUCUGGCUCAGACUGGCAGAUUUUCUGUUCCACUCAAGUGUUCAACAAAGAAAUGUCUGCUGAAACUCGACAAGGAGCUCGUCGACUUUGGCAGCUACGUGGUGGGUGAGACGACCACGCGCUACAUCACAUUGAGCAACAUCGGGGCUCUGGCCACCAAGUUUAGCGUCCUUCCUGAGUCCAAAAUCUGUGAGCUGGGGACUCCUUGUUCAGCCCUGAGCACCACCAGCCAGAUCACGUAUGAUGAGAGGAGUUUCUAUGAUAAAAUUGCCAGUUUCUCCGAGAACUAUCUGGAAAUCCCUGAAUUCUCCACAGACCAUUUGCUGAGCCACAGGGAUCUGGGGAAGAUGGAUAGCAAGGACCAGAUGGAGAAGAGCUCUUCCGAAUCAGAUGGAAUAGUUGGGACCACCUUCAUGAUGUCACCCAGCACUGAGGACCGACCUGAGAUCUUCCUGGGAGAGGUUCAAGAGGGUGAGAUUGACCCCUUCUGCUCAGUCAAGGUGCCUGUCAUCUUUAGCCCAGUCAUCCCUGGAGAGGUGAAAGCCGACUUCACAGUCAUAUUCAAGAAUCAGCAGUGCCCAGCACUGCAUUUCAGAGCCACUGGCACUGCAGUGGACGUUCCCGUCUGGGUGCUGGAUUCUGAAGUGGAUCUGAAGAUCUGCAUGUAUGACCGGCUGUACCAGACUUCCAUCCUGGUCCAAACUCGGUCCAAGGUGGCGCUGCGCUUGAAGCUUGAAGUGUGUAAGGAGCUGCGGGCUCACUUCGAGCUUCUGCCCGAGGUGGGCUACAUCCAGGCCCUGUCAUCCUUCUCUGUGCAGCUCAAGUUUCUACCUCGACACUCCCUCCCAGAGGAUGCAGGAAAAUACUUCGACAAGGAGAACAGAGUUCUGGAGGCCCCGAUGACCAUCAGGGUGGCUGACCAGCUGCGCCCAGUGGAGUUCACCGUCCAUGCCAUUGUCACCUCCUCGGACCUGGAGCUGAGCCCCUCCGUGAUCAACUUUGGCCACUGCACCAUCUACGAGGCCAUCCGGGCCCAGAUCAACCUCUCCAACUGCUCCCUGCUGCCCCAGGAGUUUGGAUUUGUCAAGCGCCCUGAGUUCGUGGAUAUUCAGCCCGCUGAUGGAUUUGGGACGAUUCUGCCCUUGGAAACUCUACAGCUCGAUGUGAUCUUCCAGCCCACCAAGGCCAAGGAAUACAGCUUCGAGCUCAUCUGCAAGUCCGAGAUCGGCCGGUGCUUCAAGUUGGCGUGCCAUGCGGUGGCAGUAUCCCCGCCCCUGGCGCUGUCCCACUACCAGAUCAAGUUUGCGGCCACCUCCUUGUACGACUCUUCUGUAGCCAGCCUGUAUGUCAUCAGCACGCACUGUGCACCCCCCAGUUCCAAGGAGGCUGCCCCCAUGAGCCCCACCUCCUUUGAGUUCCUGGUGCCGGAGGAUUCACCCAUCACCAUCUCUCCCUGUGUGGGGGCCGUAUUGCCAGGAAAGAGGUGCCUGGUCCAGGUGACCUUCCGGCCCAAGCUUCCCCUGGAGCUCAGACAACAGGACACUUCCAAGGCUAAAGACACAGACACGGAGGUCCAGCUGGGAACAAACCUGCAGAGAGGGCCUGCCCCAGGAGGAAAUCCUCCUCAGCCUCCCGGGGAGGCUGGUCCUGCUGGCCUCUCCCACCGAAAGAGCACCCAGAAGAAGGAGACCACACACAAAGUCUCAAUGCUGCUGCGGCAGGGCCAUGAGCAGGACCACCGUGCCCAGCAUGCCCAGGCUGUGCCCCCACCAGAGCCCCAGAGCAAAGAGCUCACUCCCUUACCCAGCUCUGACCCAGUUAUGGAGGUCACCCUGGCCAGGACCUUCCAGGGCAAGUUUGACAAGUUUGUGAUCCCCUGUGUCAUGGCCAGCGGCGACCUCAGAGAUGAAAGGACAGAGACCCUGAGCUUCAGUCCCCAUAACACUCUGUACCUGGAGCUGUGGUGUCCCACGGUGGCCCCAUCCAUCCUGGUGACAUCCAACAAAGGCAGGAUGGUAGCUGAGUUUGAAGAGGUGGCAAUUGGCCACAGCACCUUACGGAAGAUCUCAAUCCAGAAUGUGUCUCCCGACGAUCUGGAUGUGGACUUUUCCCUACUGAACCCCGAUGGCCCCUUCAUCCUGCUGAACCCUGUCAGCAAGCUGGCUUCGGGCGAGAGCCAUGUGCUAGUGCUGUCCUUUUCGCCCCACGAGAGUAUCCUGGCCCAGGAGGCGCUGGACAUCAUCACCAAGCGGGGCACCCUGACGCUCACCCUCAAGGGCACUGGUGUGGAGCCCAAGAUCUCCUGCUCCAUCCAGGGGGACGUUCUGCACCUGGGCUAUGUCUUGGCCAGAGAAUCUGUGUCCACGGGCUUCAAGCUGCAGAACUGUUCAUCGCUGCCCAUCGAGUUUUUCAUGCAGCUCGACAGCCUGGCCCCCACCCCGGCCAACGUGCAGGUGCCACUGCCACGCUUCCUGACUUCGGGGGCCACGGGGCUGCAUCGCACGGAGGUGGUAGGCACGCAGAAUUAUGGCGGGCAGAGUGUGUUCAGCGUGAGUCCCGUGGAGGGUGUCAUGGAGCCUGGCCAGACGCAGGACUUCACGGUCACCUUCAGCCCAGACCACGAGAGCCUCUACUUCUCCGACCAGCUGCGAGUCGUGCUCUUCAAAAAGAAUGUCUCCCACCAGAUCCUCCUUAAGGGCUGUGCUCGUGAGCACAAUAUGUUCGUGGAGGGGGGUGACCCCCUCGACGUCCCCGUGGAGUCCCUGUCGACCAUCCCGAUGCUGGACCACGGAGAAGAUAGGUUCUUCAUGGCCCCAGGCACUUUACCCUACGAAGCCGAGGAGCUAAAGGGCAUCCUGGUGACCCUCGACUACAUCCAGCUGGAUGAGGACACGCCGGCCCUCCCGGCCACUCGAGAGCUGCUGGUGGGCUGCAUUCGGAGCAGCCAGCCGACCUCCAAGAAGGUGGUGGACUUCAGCCUGGACAGUGUCUCAUCCCUGCAGCACAAAGGCUUCACUGUGGAGCCUGUCAAGGGCUCCGUGGAGCGUGGCCAGACCAAGACCAUCAGUAUUUCCUGGGUGCCGCCCCCCAACUUUGAUUCAGACCACCCUCUAAUGGUGUCAGCCCUGCUGCAGCUCCGCGGGGACAUCAAGGAGACCUACAAGAUCCUCUUCGUGGCUCAGGUGCUGACGAAUGCCUGA